CAACCCUUUUCUUUCUCUACUGGUUUGAGUGAAUGUUCCGAUCAAAGCAAAUUGCACAAUUCGGAUCCAUUCAAUCCGAAAAGGGAGGAGGAGGUAGAGGGUCAGAACAAAAUUGCACAAUUUGGAUUUCUAGGGUUUCCGAGCGUCGGAUCGCAGAGAGCAGUCGUCGUGGGAAAUGUGGUGGCCCGGCGGAGGAAAUGGAGGAGCAAUGAGAACGGUGGUCAGAUAUAUGUCCGAUUCGAGGAAGCGGGCGCCCAAUCUGAGGAAGAUAAACCCGAAGGUUCCCCAGCAAGAGGCGGCCUCCAUAGCCGAAGACCUCUACAAUGUUAUCAAGCAACACGGCCCUCUCAGCGUUUCCAACACUUGGAACCACGCCAAGGAAGCUAAUAUCAGUGGACUAAACAGCAAAACACACAUGAAGAUAAUGCUUAAAUGGAUGAUGGGUAGACACAUGCUGAAACUGUUCUGUAACCAUGUUGGCUCCAACAAGAGAUUUCUGCUUUCCUCUCUACCUGAAGAGCCCAGGAGCAAGCCGGUGAACAAUGUCGUGGAACCAAAGGUUAAGGCAGAACCUUCAAACAGAAGCAGAAAGCGUGCUCGCUAGUUCAAGAUCGAUCACCUUGCAUUCGAUCUCCAUCGGUCUUCAAUUUUUAUGUGACUUGUUUUGUGCUGGAACAUUUGGUACGUCUGUAUUGCUCUUUUGAUGAUUCACACACACUUGUGCUUUUAGAGUCCAAGUCUUGGUUCAUCCUCGUCAUCAGAUCAGCACUUACCUACCUUAUAAGUUAUUCCGUACGUAUUUGGAGCACACGUUACACAAAUCGAAUGUGUAAUUACCAUGUUUGCAUCAUUUAUAAUUGGCACAUCAAUUAUUAGAUUGGAGUAACAUUUGUUCAAACGGAUGUUAAUAAAUUUUACUCUUAAAG